AUGUCGUCUGAGAGGACAGAUCCGUUCAGAGACUUGGCUUUCAACGGAUCUCCUGCGGAGUAUCGCGCGUUCCGGAGGAAGAUCUUGCUGAGUGUGGCUUCUCUGGAGCCAAAGAGUUUACGCUAUGCCGGACCAAAAAUCCUGACUCGUCUGGUUGGCGAGGCGUGGCGUGCGACUGAGCACCUGGCCAUCUCUGAAGUGCGUGGAGAUGAUGGAUGGCUGGUGGUGCUAAAGGCUCUUGAUCAGCAUUACAAGUUUCUGCCUGAGACAGAGCUGAACGAGUGCGUGGAUGAGUUUCUUUUCCAUCUGCGACGCCGGCCCAAUGAAGGGGCUACGGCGUUCACAUCGCGAUUCCGGGCGACGCUGAGUCGUUUGGAGACCCUGAUUGCUGCUGACAAGGCUUCCAAGAAAAGGAAGCGGAAGAAGAAGGAUGCACCUACUUCCUCCUCUACUUCUUCGCAGUCUUCUGCGCCUUCAAAGGCAUCUUCCUUCAGCAGCAUGCAAGGUGACGUUCGCGAGACGGCUUCUGCGUCCGCUGGAGUUGAGAAGAAGGAGAAGGAGGAACGUCGCAAAGACAAGAAAGGGUCACCUGCUCCUUCGUUCACAUCCCCCGCAGGAUCUCGCCACAAGCGACCUGGUUCGCCAGGGUCAGAAGUUAGUCGCAAGUCCAAGGACUCAGGCUACGGCUCCCACAAGGCCGAGGAAGACAAGGCGCAGAGAGUGAUGAUGAGACAGCUUGGCCGCCUUGAGGCUGGACACCUGAAGCUGCGCCCAGUUUUUCCGUCUGUGGUCUUGGGUCACCUUUACAUGAAGAAGUAUGGCCUAACGCGGGAGCAACGCACCUUGGUGGUCAGAGCAACCGGUGGAAGUUCUCGCUUUGAGGACGUGGAGCGCAUUAUGCGAGCCAGUGACUUCGAAGAUCGUCGAGGAGAAGCGUCGCGUGCCCAACGGCCCAUCCGCAAGGAAGGGGUCCUAGAGGCCGACCUCGAGAGUCCAUCCAUGUCGGAGCCUCUCGUGGGAAGUUCAGGUGACGAAGCUUUCGAAGCCGACUUCGACACUGAAGAUGACGAGGCGACCGCCGCGAUGCAGGAUGCCUUCGAGAUGCAGAAGCAGGCAAAAGCUAAUGUGAAGAAGCACUUCCGGACCUACAAGGAGAGCCGAAAGAAGAUCCGAGAGAUUAAGAAGAGUCGCCAGCCAUACAUGCCUGUGGUUGCCAUUCCCCCCGAAGAUGCAGGACUAGGGUCAGCUGCAGCAACCCAAGGCACGAUGCAGCCCACCUUCAAGUACGAUCGCAAGCAGAGGACCAGACAAGAGCCUCAGCGAGGCGGUCGUGCUCGAAAAGAGGAAGUCCACAUGCUGAACACUGUGACCAUGACUGAGUUCUCCUACAUGAUCACCGAAGAAGCCUUCGAGAACUCCGGUGACUCAGACCUGCAAGAGGAGCCGACGUCCGGCCCUCGCCUGGAGGUCGAUGUGUACCUGGCUUCCGUCCCUCAAGGAUAUGCAGUCAUCGACACGGGAUGCACAUCUUCAGUCAUUGGAGCUGAGACGGCAAAGAGGUUGAGCCAGUUCUUGAUGGAUCGUGGAAUACAAGGGCCCGAGUCGUUGACCUUACCUCCAGUUCAGUUGCGAGGGUUCAACGGCGCACGAACCACAUCCAGUCAAGGACUCAAAUGGCUGGUGCAACUUGGCAACCUUUGGGGAACGGUGACCACCUAUGUCAUUCCAGGAGAAGCCCCUUUUCUUCUCUCGCGAAAGGUCUUGGAGGGCAUGGAGGCAUCGCUUGACCUUGGUGCCAUGACCAUCACGAGCCAGAAGCAUGGUAUCGCCAAGUGGCCGCUCCAGCAAGCGGCAAACGGACAUCUCCUGAUGCCCCUGGUUCUCGACAAGCCUGAACUGGAGGUAGCCAAGCUUGACGAGGACGCUGUCUCUGAGCCCCAGGUUCCAGAAGGACAGAUUCCUGACACCUUAAGCCCUAACCUCCGCACGAACUCCCAGGGCAACAAGCAGUCCGUUAAGAAGAAGCAGUGGUUCCAAACCAUAAUGAAAAGGAUCGUCCAGCCGGUAAGCGACGGCAAGCGUAUGAAGCAGAUGGCCGAGACACUGAGUGCAGAAUGCGUGCGUGAGGACUGUCCAGAGUCCCGUGACCUCGAAGCCCUCUAUGAAGAUGUAGACUGGGUUCAACUCCAGGAUGCAUCAACUGAAAGCCAUAGCAGAGCUUUGAUCGCUCGCCAAGUGGACUCUGUCUGCCGUGUUCCCUUUCAACUUGCAUUAUCGGCCCUCCGAGAGGAGCCGGACCGUGUGAAGGAAGAGCUAAGGGAUUGGUUAGGGGAUCAGUUUCAGGUCGUUCAGGGUGGUUCCCAGGUUGAUUUAAUAGAGGUGUUCGCCGGAAAAGCUCCCCUCUCAGCCUGCAGUGAACGGCUCCGAGAAGGAGCUAGCGUCCGCAUUGGCCUGCAGUACGGUCAGGCCUGCAAGCACAUCUUAGUAGGCCCAGCGUAUGAGGCUAACUUCCACAUGUGUGCACUCGGGUUGCGACACCCUGUGUCUCAGCUGCCCCUUCGCAAACCGACCCGGGUUCUCACCACCGACUGUCUGUUGGCCUCCCGCCUUAGCCAGUGCAUGUGUCCAGGACACCAGGAGCACGCCUGUUUAGAAGGACAGUACAAAGGUAAGUCCCUCUCGGCAUGGGCCGAAACAUACACAGAGUCUUUUUGCAAAGCCGUCUGCCAAUCCUUUGCUAGACGAGACCCUGAAGUACAUGUGAUAGAAGAUGUGUUCGUGGAGUCCGAGGCAGAGGCUGACUCGGAAAGAGAAGACGAAGCAGAUGCUCCUAGGGAACGGCCAGUCGCAGGCGCUGCAAACUAUAAAGCCAUGGUCCAGAAGUUACAUGUCAACACGGGACAUGCCUCUGUGCCCCAGAUGCUGCGCUUGGCCAAGCGAGCAUGCGCGCCGCCCGCCGUGGUGGAAGCCGUUCGUCAGUUUCGUUGCCAUGUGUGCCAAGAACUUCAGGUGCCUCCGUCUCACCGUGUGGCAGCCUUGCAGCACACUGAAUCUCCCAACCACAUCGUGGGUUUAGAUGUUGUGCAGGUUGAACUGAAGCGGGAUAGUCACGAAGGGGUACAAGAGGAAAAAUUCAAUGUGCUCACGGCCGUGGACUAUGCCACCGACUUUGCACAGCAAAUCGUGCUGCCCAAUAGGCCUCAUUCCAUCUCCCAAGCCUUUCAUAGUUUGUGGUGUAGGCCCUAUGGACCCCCUAAGGUAGUGUAUGUUGACCCUGACCAACGCUGGCUGUCCGACGAGUUUCAGAGGUUCCUGGAGCAGCACGGAAUCACCCUCCUCUCGUGCGCAACUGAGAGCCACUGGCAGCUGGGGCGUGUUGAGAUUGCUCAGCGUAUCCUGCGCAAUAUGGCACAGCGCACUUGGCGCUCUACUCACCGUCCUGCAACAGAAGUCAUAGAAACAUGUGCAUCUGUGCGAAACGAGCAGCUCCGAAAGCACGGCUUCUCCAGCUCGCAGUGGUUCCUUGGACGUGAGCCGCGCGUGCCGGGUGCCUUGUCCGACCUGCAUGAGCGCAACAAUCUGGCUACCCAGGACGCAGUGUUGUCACAGACCGACUUUGCCCAAAAAAUGCAUUGUAGACAGCAGGCUGCGCACGCUUUCAUUGAGGCUCAUGCGCAUGAGACAUGGACACGUGCCAUACGGGGACGCAACCGUCCCAUGCGUGGUCCCUACGUUGUAGGGCAGAGUGUGUAUGUUUUCCGCCGCGCGGGCCGUGGUCUGCUGUCCACUCGGCACGGGGUCUGGAAGGGUCCCGGCAAGGUUGUGGGUACUGAGUCUUUUCGGGAAGAUAGUCCGGUUCCAAGGGUCAUAUGGGUUGUGGUUAAUGGGAUGAUGUACAAGUGCUCGCCCGAAACCCUGCGCCCAGUCCUUGAAGAUGAGCUGGCUUUUCGCGAGCUUGCGCGCCAGUAUGAGUUUGGUCGUGUGCCGCCUGAAUUGGAUGAGACUCAGCCUGUGUAUGGCGGUCCUGCUGGCCGCUACUUUGACCUGACCCAAGCCCCGCCUGAGCCAGCGGAUUUCAAUUUGCAGAGCGACGCUGCUCCUCUUGCUGCGCCAGAUCUGGCGCAUGACCCUGAGCCUCCUGCCACGCGCCGACGCGUUACGCGCGAUUCCGCCUACUGGCAGGGUCGUGCGGACGACGAGGGCGAGCACAAGAGCCGUCGUGUUGAGCCUGUGCCCGAGAGCCCCAGCACUCCUAACUAUGAGCCGACGGACGAUGAGAGCCAUCUGCCGGCUCCCCCUUCUGCAGGUCACCUAGAGGGCGACAGUGUAGAGGGCGGGGUAGGUGUCAGGGUAGGCCCAGAAGAACUGCCGCAAGCUAGUGUGCCGGAAGAAACCAUGGUCUGCGAAGUUUCUUUCGACAUUCAGCCUGAAGAUAUCCGUGACGACAUUUUCUGCCUCUGGUCGGCACUUGCUGAGUGCGCCGAAGACCUGAUGGGUCUUGAGUCCGAUGACCUGUUGCGCCUUGAGAAAGCAGCUUACGGGCUCGCCGAAGCCCCGCGGGCAUGGUUUCUCCGGCUUACACGGGAGCUGCGCCAAGCCGGCCUGGAAGCUAGUAGCCCAGAAAUGGACCAGUGCCUUGCCGAGCUGCGAAAGCGUCUCCCGUUUGGUGAAUUCCGAACACGAACUGUCAAGUACACAGGGGCUGAAAUUAGACAGGGAGAUAGUUUCGAAAUUGAGUUAAGCCAAGAAUCGUACAUUGAUAAGAUGCCCUUUGCCCAAGUCCCUGGAAAAGGUUCGGACCCUGUUGAACCUCGUGUCAUGCGUGGAUGCUGUGGACAACUGUCGUGGGUUGCCAGUCACAGUCGUCCAGACCAGGCUUUCUUGGCCUCCUACCUGCAAGGUGUUCAGGACCGUGCCAAUUGCUCCCACCUACUCCUAUAUAACAAGGCCUUAAGAGAGAUGAAGGAAAGGAAGUGCACCCUCAAGUUUCCUAGCAUCCCUACCAGCGAUUGGAGAUUGCUGGUUGUGACUGACGCGGGCUGGGGCACUCGCGAAAGCGGGGAGUCCCAAGGAGGUUUCAUCCUGUGCCUGUGCGAGUCCAAGGUCCUCAAACAGCAAGAAGGGGUUUGUUGGGUAAUUGAAUGGGCCAGUAAGAAGCUUAGGCGGGUCGUUAGGAGUUCCACCGCAGCGGAGACCCUGGCCGCCCAGAAUGGUCUUGAUGCCAUCGAGUUUGCUCAAGCUCUGUUGCAAGAGUGUCUGUGCGCCAUGACACCGAAGCACUUCCGACAGUGGUUGCCAGAACUACCCUCAGCCUUGGUGAUUGACAGCAAGUCCCUAUACGAUGCACUCACCCGCUCAGCCUGCUCCACUGCUCUUGCAAUCGAGAAACGACUUGCCAUUGACUACUCCAUUGCCAGAACCUGCCUGCAGGAGCGACAUGUCUUGCCUUUCUGGACAAACAAUCGACAGAUGGUGGCCGAUAGCCUCACUAAGAUAAAGGGGGACAAGGGUACCUUAUACAAGUUGCUAGAUACUUGUCGCUAUCACGUUCGUCCAAGCAAAAUCUCUGGUCGUAGAGAGAGGGCUGCUGAAGUAGCUCAGAAAAGCGUCUAA